AUGGUGUUUGUCAGGUCUCUUGUUUUGUUACUAAAAUUUCUUUUACUGCAUUCACUUUUCUGUUUCACAUUUACUACAUGUUUUCCUCAAAUUCAGCCAAAGUGUCAUCAAUAUGAAAGCCAUGCCUUGUUGCAAUUUAAGGAAGGCUUUGUCAUCAACAGGAUUGCCUCUGAUAAGCUUCUUGGUUUUCCUAAAACAGCAUCUUGGAAUUCCAGCACAGAUUGUUGCUCAUGGGAUGGCAUUAAAUGUCAUGAGCACACUGAUCAUGUGAUUCAUAUUGAUCUAAGUAGCAGCCAACUCUACGGUACAAUGGAUGCAAAUAGCAGUCUCUUUCGCCUUGUGCACCUUCGAGUUCUUGAUCUUUCCGACAAUGACUUCAAUUACUCUCAAAUCCCAUCCAAGAUAGGUAAGCUUUCACAACUAAAAUUUCUGAACCUUUCUCGUAGUUUAUUUUCCGGAGAAAUUCCACCACAAGUUUCACAGCUGUCCAAGUUGUUGUCUCUUGAUCUAGGCUUCAUGGCUACAGACAAUCUGAAUCUGCUGCAACUCAAAUUAUCCAGUCUCAAAAGCAUAAUUCAAAACUCAACAAAACUUGAGACCCUUUUUCUUAGUUAUGUAACAAUUUCAUCUACUUUACCAGAUACACUCGCAAAUCUAACUUCAUUGAAAAAACUAUCUCUACACAAUUCUGAAUUGUAUGGUGAAUUUCCUGUUGGAGUAUUUCAUCUUCCAAACUUGGAAUAUCUGGAUUUGAGAUUUAAUCUAAAUCUCAAUGGUAGUUUUCCCGAGUUUCAAUCUAGUUCACUCACCAAGUUAGCACUUGAUCAGACAGGUUUCUCUGGUACACUGCCAGUAUCUAUUGGAAAGCUUAGUUCUUUAGUUAUUCUAACAAUUCCAGAUUGCCAUUUUUUUGGAUAUAUUCCUUCUUCACUUGGCAACCUCACACAACUCAUGGGGAUAUACCUUAGAAAUAACAAAUUUAGGGGCGACCCUUCUGCAUCCUUGGCGAAUCUUACAAAACUAAGUGUUUUGGAUAUUAGUCGCAAUGAAUUUACUAUUGAGACCUUCUCAUGGGUAGGUAAGCUCUCAUCAUUAAAUGUCUUGGACAUAUCCUCAGUCAAUAUUGGCAGUGACAUCUCAUUAUCUUUUGCAAAUCUCACCCAGCUACAAUUUUUAGGUGCAACCGAUUGCAAUAUAAAGGGUCAAAUUCUACCAUGGAUAAUGAAUCUUGCCAAUUUAGUUUACUUGAACCUAGCCUCUAAUUUUUUGCAUGGGAAGGUAGAGCUUGACACAUUUCUGAACCUCAAAAACCUAGGUUUUCUAGAUUUAUCAUAUAACAAACUGUCAUUGUAUAGUGGAAAAAGUUCAUCUCGUAUGGCUGAUUCUCUAAUUAAAUAUUUAGUACUGGAUUCAUGCAAUUUCGUUGAGAUUCCAACAUUUAUAAGAGAUCUGGCUAAUCUGGAAAUUCUUAGGUUGUCCAAUAACAAUAUAACAUCGAUACCCAAAUGGUUGUGGAAGAAAGAAAGUCUACACGGCUUAGCUGUUAACCACAAUUCAUUGAGAGGAGAAAUAUCCCCAUCCAUAUGCAAUCUCAAAUCACUCACACAACUUGAUUUAUCGUUCAACAACUUAAGCGGCAAUGUUCCUUCAUGUCUAGGGAACUUUAGCCAAUAUUUAGAAAGUCUGGAUCUAAAAGGGAAUAAAUUAUCUGGCCUCAUUCCUCAAACAUACAUGAUAGGAAAUUCCCUUCAACAGAUAGAUCUUAGCAACAACAAUCUGCAGGGUCAGUUGCCAAGGGCUUUGGUCAACAAUAGAAGGCUGGAAUUCUUUGAUGUUAGUUAUAACAAUAUCAAUGAUUCAUUUCCAUUCUGGAUGGGAGAGUUACCCGAGUUGAAGGUAUUGUCUUUAACUAACAAUGAAUUCCAUGGAGACAUUAGGUGCUCUGGCAACAUGACAUGCACAUUUUCCAAACUUCACAUCAUUGACCUUUCUCACAAUGACUUCUCUGGCAGUUUUCCAACAGAAAUGAUCCAAAGUUGGAAAGCAAUGAAUACUUCCAACGCAAGUCAAUUACAGUACGAGUCUUACUUCAGAUCGAACUAUGAAGGACAAUAUCACACGUUAGAAGAAAAGUUUUAUUCUUUCACAAUGUCAAACAAAGGACUGGCCAGGGUUUAUGAGAAGCUUCAAAAAUUUUACAGCUUGAUAGCCAUUGAUAUUUCAAGCAACAAAAUCAGCGGAGAGAUACCACAAAUGAUAGGCGAGUUAAAGGGUCUUGUUUUGCUAAACUUGUCAAAUAAUAUGCUUAUUGGCAGCAUUCCAUCUUCCUUAGGGAAGCUUUCAAACCUUGAAGCACUAGAUCUUUCUCUCAACAGUCUUUCAGGGAAAAUUCCUCAACAGUUGGCUGAAAUCACCUUUUUGGAGUUCUUAAAUGUGUCAUUUAACAAUCUCACAGGUCCUAUACCACAAAAUAAUCAGUUUUCUACAUUCAAAGGUGAUUCAUUUGAGGGUAAUCAAGGUCUGUGUGGGGAUCAGUUGUUAAAGAAGUGUAUAGAUCAUGCAGGGCCUUCUACCUCCGAUGAUGAUGACGACUCAGAGUCUUUCUUUGAAUUAUACUGGACAGUUGUUCUGAUUGGAUAUGGCGGUGGACUUGUUGCUGGAGUUUCAUUGGGAAGCACUUUCUUUCCAGAGGUAUUUGAAUGGCUUAAAAGGAUCUUUUGA